AUGGAAUCUGUGCAAGAGAUUAAUGCCCCGGUAGAGAAGCCAGAGAUGAGCAUCCGAGACAACGAAGCGAGGAUUUCCGUGUUGACCGAUCGCAUCAAACAGCUCAGAGAAGAAUUCGCAAGCGGGGAGCACGUGCAGUAUUUCAAUCAGUCUAUUGAGCUGCGAAGGGAGAUAUUGGCAUUAACGCAUCCUAACGAUCGUCAGAACAAGGCCCUUCAAUUACAUCUACUUAGCAAUGAACUCAGCGAUAGAUUUGCAGAGACAGACGAUCUCGAAGAUAUGACUGAGGCCAUAGAGCUUGGGAUUCAGGCUUUGGAUCUUACAUCAGAAGGCGAUCCGCGAAGGACCGUAUUCCUCAGAAGACUUGAGUUUCUGUUCGAAGAAAAGUACGCGGAGACGGAAGACCUUGCUGAUCUCGAUGAGGUCAUUCGCUACCAAAGACUCUCCAUUGACGCCACAGACCCCGGCAAUAGUUCGCUGAUGGCGGCUUGGAUGUUUGUUUUAGGCGCAAAGCUUGACGAGAGGGCAGAAGUAACAGGGGAAAUCGCAGACUUGAACGAGAGUAUCGAGAUCUUGAGAAAGGUUGUUGAAGUGAAGCCUGGGAACCUAAGCGCAAAGAAACUGAUCCGAGCCUUAUACAACCGGUAUACAUGGACCAGCGAGGUACGGGAUUUGGAAGAAUGCGUUAGGCUGCAUCAGCAGAUCACUGAUUCAUCAGAUACGGAUGUUGGGAGGAUGGAGUGGAUGAUCAUGAAAGCUAGCCAUCUUUGUAUUCUGCAUGAAAGAACCGAAGAUGAACAUUACCUCGAGGAGGCAUUCUCGGUAGCUAACGACGCACUGGCAUUGGUUCCCGAGACCAAUUGGAAACCUAAAUGGCUACGUUGUCUGGGACGACUGUUCGGCUGUCAAUACCUCAAGACUGAAGGAAUGGCAGACCUUGAAGAGGCGAUACGCCUAGAGAGACUAGCACUCAAGCUAAUGCCGAAUGGUGAUGAGGAAGGUUUCACAUUGACAAAUCUAGGGAACCGUCUGGGCGAUAAGUAUUUGAGGACAAAUGAUGUUGCCGACAUUGACGAAGCUAUUGAUUGCGCCAGACAGUCUAUGGAUCUGGAGCCUGAGAAGCCUGAGCGACUGUACAACCUUGCGAUAAAAUUAGGCGAUCGAUUCUCAAGAACAGAGGAUCUUGAUGAUGUCGACGAGGCUAUCGAACUUGAGAGGAAAGCAUUGGAAAUAAUGCCAGUGGACCACUCUGAGAGAGCAGACUAUUUGAACAUUCUAGGCAAUCAGCUGGGUGAUCGAUACAAGUACACGGAAGAUCUUGACGAUCUAGAAGAGGCCAUUCGCAGCGCCGAGGAAGCGUUGGGUCUGACAUCAGAGGACCAUGCGCUCAGGGCAGCGUGGCUGAACAGCCUUGGCAACCAUUAUCUGAACCUCUAUACCGCAACCGGAGACGAACAUGACUUAGACUUGUCCAUCGCAAACUACGACCGAGCUCUUCACCACGAGCCCUCAGCGACGGAAGAUCGCGUCAAAGCCGGCCAAGCAAUUCUUUCCAACUGUUCAAAUAGCCAGCAGCUCUACGAUACUGCAAAACUCGCUGUAAGCCUCAUCCCUAAGCUUGUAUCAUGGUCCCACGAGAAUCAGGACAGACAGUACGUACUCACUCAAGUAGUCGGGCUAGCCUCCGACGCAGCAGCAGCAGCGUUGCAAGCGGGUCGAUCCCCAAUGACGGCCUUACAGCUGCUGGAACAAGGUCGGGGUAUCAUUGGAUCAUCGCUCCAGGACAUGCGUAGCGACGUGCAAGAUCUGGCGAAGGAGCACCCGGGACUAGCGGAGAGAUAUCGCUCUUUACAAGCUGAGCUGGACAGACGUGCCGAGCAUGGUAGAGUCACAGACACGCAGUCGCAAGUUUCGAUUAACAGAAGACACGCUGCUGCCAGGGAAUUCAGUGAGUUGGCUGCUGAAAUCCGGGAGUUGCCUGGGUUUGACGACUUCAUGCUCUCCCACACGGAAGAUGAGAUCUAUGGUGCUUCAGAGCGCGGCCCGAUCGUGGUGAUCAACGUCAGUAGCCUUCGCUGCGACGCUCUUAUUGUCGCAGACAGCCAAGUUGGUACCUUGGAGCUACCCAGUAUAUCUCUGGAGGAACUUGAGCGAAAGGUAAAGCCUUGGACUCUCGCAACUUCACAAACCCUCGAGUGGCUCUGGGAUACCAUCAUGAGCCCCAUACUCAGCAUGCUAGGUUUUACUGACCCUCCGACAAUGGAGGAAUGGCCUCAUGUCUGGUGGAUUCCAACCGGUCCUUUGGUUCAGCUUCCGCUCCAUGCAGCAGGAUACCAUAGACAACAAGGUUCCGAGGCAGUCCUCGAUAGGGUCAUAUCAUCAUACGGAUCGUCGAUCCGGAACAUAAUCCGUGGCCGGCGAGACUCAUUCCAGUCAUCCAGUUCUGACCAGGCACUGCUCGUUGCGAUGGAGCACACGCCAGGCCAUGACACGCUAUCUUUUGCCAACGAAGAAGUAGAAUUGAUAGAUGGUAUCUUCCGCUCCAUGGAGUUGAAGUCAAUCAUACCCCAACGUACUAAGCAAGAGGUUGUUCGGUAUCUCCCAGAAUGCAGGAUAUUCCAUUUUGCUGGUCACGGCCUGGCUCAUCCAGAGGAUCCAUCGGAGAGUUCUCUGCUUCUAGAAGACUGGGAGAAUGAUUCGCUCAAGGUCUCAGACCUAUUAGACAUAAACAUUCGUCAGAACGCUCCCUUUCUUGCAUACCUUUCAGCAUGCGGCACUGGCCAGAUAAAAGAUGAGACAUCCUUCGACGAGAACAUCAACCUCAUCAGCGCGUGCCAGAUCGCUGGGUUCAGGCAUGUCAUUGGUACUUUAUGGAAUGUGCAAGAUGAUCUAUCAGUUGAGAUGGCCAAGAUGACAUACCAGGAGCUACAGAACUCGGGUUUAUCUGAUGAGUCUAUCUGCCGCGGGCUACACGGAGCAACUCGCGAGUUGAGGAGAAGGUGGAUAGAGAAGCAUGAGACUAGUCAGAGUUUAAGAACUGCUACUGGCUCUAAUAGCCAUGAUGCGGCCAAGGCAUCUCUGUCGCGGUCAGCCAGAGACGCAUCUUUGAUCGGUGGUUUGGACAAUAACCUUGGGUCGGCGGAUUGGGCACCGUACAUACACUAUGGAGUGUAG